AUGACUCAGAAUCAUUAGGGCCACAUUUUCAGCAAUAUAAGGACUCUAUCGGGAGACCAAGCAUUCAUUCACAAAAAAUUCGCUUCUAAAACAUUCUAAAAGUAAAGAGCCCAAAGAGUUUGCUUGAAGUCAAUCGCAUAAUCCAAAGCAUUUUGGUGGUUCUAAUUUACUCCUCAAUUCGCAGGGCAUUAAUGGCUUGGUAAAUCCUCGUAGAUAUUCAAGUAGAUAGGCUUCUAUUGA